AUGACGACAAACCCUCAACCACCUCCCUCAAACUUACAAGCUAACAGCUCUUCAAUUUCCUACACCAAAUCAUCGACUUCCGCCGUUAACUCCUUUCUCUUCUUCAAACACUGCACCACUCCGCCCACUUACAUCUUACGAGACAUUUCUUUCACAGCCCACCCUUCUCGGAUCCUCGCCAUUGUUGGUCCCAGCGGAGCUGGAAAAUCAACUCUCCUCGAUAUUCUAGCCGCCAGAACUUCACCCACGACGGGGACGGUUCUUCUCAACUCGUCACCGAUCAAUCCGUCGUCGUUUCGGAAACUCUCAGCUUACGUCCCUCAACACGACGCUUGUCUCCCUCUGCUUACGGUCGCAGAGACCUUCGCUUUUGCAGCGAAUUUGUUAGUCCCCAAAACUGCACAGAUCGCCAUUGUUGUAUCUUCCCUUUUAAAGGAGCUUAAAUUGUCGCAUUUGUCGGACUCCAGGCUGGCUCACGGACUUUCCGGCGGAGAACGGCGGCGGGUUUCAAUCGGGUUGAGUCUUCUUCACGACCCGGCUGUUUUACUUCUUGAUGAACCCACUUCGGGUCUUGACAGUACUUCUGCUUUUAACGUGACACAGAUCUUGAAAUCCAUAGCUGUUUCUCGUCAUAGAACUGUCGUUUUGUCUAUUCAUCAACCGAGUUUCAAGAUCUUGUCUGCCAUUGAUGAACUGCUUUUGCUCUCUAAAGGAACUGUGGUGCAUCACGGUACACUUUCUUCUCUUGAAACAUUCUUGUUUUCUAAUGGCUUCACUGUCCCUCCCCAGCUAAAUUCUCUCGAAUACGCCAUGGAAAUUUUAAACCAUCUCCAUGAAACCAAACCCAUUACUCCGCCAUCUUUUCCUGCAACUCCAUCCUCCUCAAACUCCACAAACUCUCCUUCUCCACUCUCUCUCCCUCAACCUCAAACUCGUUACAGAAGCUCGAGGUUCCACGAAGUCUGUGCUUUGUACAGCAGGUUUUGGAAGAUUAUUUACAGAACCAAACAGCUUUUUCUCACGAACACGUUAGAGGCUCUCGUCGUGGGUCUGGUUCUGGGUACAAUCUAUAUAAACAUCGGCUAUGAAAAAGAGGGGAUUGAGAAAAGAUUUGGUCUUUUUGCUUUCACUCUCACUUUUCUCCUCUCCUCCACUACUGAAACUCUCCCUAUAUUCAUCAACGAACGCCCGAUUCUACUCAGAGAAACUUCAAGCGGCGUUUACAGACUCUCAUCUUAUCUGAUAGCCAACACACUCGUCUUCCUCCCUUAUCUCCUCGCCAUAGCCGUCAUCUACUCCGUCUCUGUUUACUUCUUAGUGGGUCUUUGUUCUUCAUGGCAGGCUUUCUCUCACUUCGUUUUAAUAAUCUGGAUCAUCGUUCUAAUGGCGAAUUCCUUCGUCAUGUUCUUAAGUUCUCUCGCUCCAAAUUACAUCGCCGGAACCUCGCUCGUUACCAUUCUUCUCGGCGGCUUCUUUCUCUUCUCCGGCUACUUCAUUUCGAAAGAUAGCUUGCCCAAGUACUGGCUGUUCAUGCAUUUUUUCUCCAUGUAUAAAUACGCUCUUGACGCUCUGCUGAUCAAUGAAUAUUCUUGUCUGGUUUCGACAUGCAUGAUCUGGUACGAGGAGAAGAAGAGCUGCAUGGUGACGGGAGGAGAUGUGUUGGAGAAGAAAGGACUCCAUGAGACACAGAGAUGGAGUAAUGUUUAUAUCUUGAUUGGGUUCUUCGUGUUCUAUCGCCUUCUUUGCUUGCUGGUUCUGAUAAGAAGAGUUUCCAGCUCGAAGAAAUGAAGGAUUUACAGAGCAUAUUUAUUAUAUUAAUCUGUACGUGUCUCUUUAAAGAUCAUUUCUACUUUUUGCUUCUUCAUCUUCUUCAAAAGAAAUUUGAAGCUCCUGUAAAUGGCUUCUUGGCGGUUUAUCUGAUUAUGAAAAACAAUAAAUUAAGUUAGUAUUUUUCUACAAUAA